AUUGAAACUGCAUGAAAAAUGUCCAGCAAGCCGGUAAUUUGCUUUGAUAUAUCAAAAAAUGAACGCUUUCAAAUAUCGGACAACUACAAAAUGAUGCACCGCAAGCUGAAGGUCAAUUGGAAUGUGGAACAAAAUGAUGCGGAACUCAGAAAGGAGCGUCUUGCUCGGGUAAAGGUUUUCGUUCUCGCCGGACCACAGGAUAAAUUCACGGAGGACGAAUUCGAAGUACUGAAGCACUACGUGGAGGUGCAAGGAGGAAGUCUGGUGGUGCUCCUAGGUGAAGGUGGGGAGCCGGAGUUCAAUACCAACGUAAACUUCUUCCUGGAGCAGUACGGGAUCUACAUCAACGGCGACAAUGUGGUGCGACCGCACUACUACAAGAAUUUCCAUCCCAAGGAAUGUAUCGUGGGUGGCGGCGUUGUUUGCGAAUCCAUGUGGCGACACCUUCUCAAGCUGGACAUCGAGAAGGUGGACUACGAUUUCAGUGACGAGAAGUACAAGAUACACUUUCAAUACCCCUAUGGGGCCACGCUGAAUGUAUCUGAGCCUGCGAAUGUCCUGCUCACCACGGGUCCAGUAGUGUACCCCUUCAAUCGUCCCCUAGCCGGCUACUUUACAAACGGGAAAGGUGGUAAAAUCCUGGCGGUGGGAUCUGGAUACAUUUGGCAUGACAAGUAUCUGCAGGACAAGACCAACGAUGCCAUGUUUGAGUACUUGAUAAAGCUGCUUGGAGGAGAUGAGAUUACCUACAGUCACUUGGACUUCAAUGAUGUGGAGUUGAGCGACAACAAGCACUUCACCGAUAUUGGGUUCCUAGCCGAUAUGCCCAAGGCUUGCCUGAUCGACUCGAUUGGAACCGAUAUACCCACGGACUUCAAGCAGAUGUUCGACAUGAGGCUCUGCAGGCUGAGCAACCGCCUGCUCAAGGACGUCAUGGAUACCUACGAGCAACUGCACGUCAAGUACGAGCCGCUGAAGAUCAUCAAGCCGCAGUUCGAGAUUCCGCUGCCCAACGUCCAGUUGGCCACCUUUCCGCCCAUCUUUAGCGAGCCCUCGGCUCCACCGCUGGAGCUGUACGAUCUCGACGAGACAUUCAGCGGAGCUCGUUCCCAGCUGGCGCACAUGACCGGCCAGGUGCUCCAGGCGCUGCAGUCCAAGGAGCCGCAGAGGAGGGCUCUAAACCAGCGGGAGCUGGAGAACUACAUAAAGGAGUGCGCCAGGAUUACGGCCAUUGUGGACGACCGCCAGGAUAUGGCCGCCCGCGAGAUACUCAACAUCGUGGCACGGCAAAUCGUCAGCUACCGACCUUAUGCGGAGGAUUAGAACGCUCCGAUUACUACAUUCCUUGCAACUUUUUCGGGCCAAUCAGCAAAACUCGA